CACGUGUUCCCCAAACAACUCUUCCACCCGGGGUGACCUUGCAUGUGAGCCGUCUUGGAGAAUCGACCGUGAUGCCAAUUUGUCUGCUUAAAGGCCCCGUCCGUGGACACAUACUCAUCUGGGGAAUCGAUCCGGACACUCUCGAAUUGCACUCGGCCUAUUCAAGCCCACAAAGAUACCCCCCAUCGCUCCUUUCUUCUAUCCCGCCCCUCUCGCUUUCCCCCCUCCCCUAUUCGACCUCCGCGCCUUGCUCGAACAAGGCACGUACCUCACAAAUUAAAACGCCUCCAUCAUGACCUCCCAGCCUUCAGAAAGCAAGGUGGACGUCCUCAUCGUCGGUGCGGGGCCGGCCGGACUGAUGAUGGCGACGUGGAUGGCCAAGUGCGGCAUCUCGUGUCGGAUCGUGGACAAGCGGGGGACAAAGGUGUUCAACGGCCAAGCCGACGGGCUGCAGUGCCGCACGCUUGAGAUCUUCGACUCGUUCGGCUUCGGCGACCGGGCGUGGAAGGAGGCCAACCACAUGUUGGAGAUCUGCCUGUGGAAUCCGGACAAGGACGGGGUGAUCCGGCGCAGCGACCGCAUCCCGGACACGAUCCCGGGCAUCAGCCGCUUCCAGCAGGUGGUGCUGCACCAGGGCCGCAUCGAGCGCUUCUUCCUCGACUUCAUCGCGGCCCACAGCGACAUCCGCGUCGAGCGCGGUGUGCUCCCUAGCAAGCUCGAGUUCGACGAGUCACUGGCCGAGGACACCGACGCCUACCCCAUCACCGUCACCCUGCGCCACCUGUCCGAGGAGGAGGCCACACCCGGCCAGGUCGCCACUUCGGCCAACGGCGGAGCCGUGCAGGACGGCCUGUUCCGCAGCAACCUGGCGGCCGACGACACAGCGGACCUGCUCAAGGCGGCCGACCUCAACGCCAAGGCUAACACUACCGAGGUGGUCCGUGCGAAGUACAUGCUCGGCGCUGACGGCGCGCACUCGUGGGUGCGGAGGGAGCUCGGCUUCUGCCUCGAGGGCGAGACCACCGACUACAUCUGGGGGGUGCUCGACAUAGUCCCACUCACUAAUUUCCCCGAUAUACGCAGCCGAUGCGCGAUACACUCGGCCUCCUCGGGCAGCGUCAUGGUCAUCCCGCGCGAGAAUAAACUGGUGCGGCUGUACAUCCAGCUCACGACGACGGAGAAGCUCGGUGAGGGCGGCUCAAGGGCCGACCGCUCCAAAAUCACCCCCGACGUCAUCCUCAAGGCCGCCCAGAAGAUCAUGGCCCCGUAUACCCUCUCGUACCGCAAGCUGGACUGGUGGACCGCCUACCAGAUCGGCCAGCGCGUCGGCUCGCGCUUCUCCAAGAACGAGCGCAUCUUCCUCGCCGGCGAUGCCGUCCACACCCACAGCCCGAAAGCCGGUCAGGGAAUGAACGUCAGCAUGCAAGACGCAUACAACCUCGGCUGGAAGGUUGCCAGUGUCGUCAAGGGCACCUCGAGCCGCGCGAUCCUCAGCACGUACGAGUCGGAGCGGAAGCAGAUAGCAAAGGACCUCAUCGACUUCGACCACAGGUUCUCGCGGCUCUUCUCCGGAAGGCCGGCGAAGGACCUGAUGGACGAGGAGGGGAUCAACAUGGAGCAGUUCAAGGCUGCCUUCGAGAAGGGGAACAUGUUCGCCAGCGGCAUCGCCGUCAACUACGACGCAAGCAACAUCAUCGCCAAGACCGCCGACACCAGCAGCGGCGGCGCCAAGACCACCGCCAAUCUUCCAUCCGUGGACAGCACCCAGGCCCUAGCCCCCAAGGUCAAGGUGGGCAUGCGCAUGCCGAGCGUCAAGGUGCUGAACCAAUCCGACGCGCGGCCGUGGCAUCUGCAGGAGCGCCUGCCGAGCAACGGCACGUGGCGGGUGCUGGUCUUCGCAGGCGACGUGGGCGACGCGGGACAGAAGGCCAGGAUGCUCAGGCUCGCCGACAGCCUCGCGGCGCCGACGUCGUUCCUGCGCCGGUACACGCCGGCCGCGGCGCGGUACGACUCCGUCUUCGAGGUUCUGACCGUGCAUGCGGCGCCGAGGGCGUCGGUGACCAUCUUUGAUUUCCCCGAGGUGCUGAGGCCGUUUGAUGAGCUGGAUGGAUGGGAUUAUAAUAAGAUCUUUGUGGAUGAUGAGUCGUACCAUGAGGGCCAUGGGCGCAUCUAUGAGGAGUUUGGGAUCGAUCCCAAGGAGGGCUGCGUCAUUGUCCUCCGGCCGGAUCAGUAUGUGUCGUAUGUGGGUGCGCUUGAUGAUUACGCGAGCGUCGACAAGUUUUUCUCGUCCUUUAUGCUUAGCCGGCAGGCCCAGGUGAACGGAAAAUAGUUGGCGAAAAGG